AUGCCGCCGAAGCGCAUGACAGCAAACCCCGUCAAGCCGGCCCGGUACCGCGCCGGUAAGCCUGCCGCACCAGAGGCCUCGGACUCGGAUUCGGAUGGGAGCGAUGAUGAGACCAACGAGGCCGAGACCCAGGCCAGAGCGAUUCCACCGCCACCGAAAGCUUCGAGCGCCGCCAAGAUCGCUGGUAACCUCAGCAAGGUCAAUCUCGACGAGCGCAGACGCGAGGCACAGGAAAAAGAGAACCAGAGAAUAGCACGCGAAAAGGCAGAACGGCUCGCCGCUGAAGAGGGCUUCGUGACCGAGGAAGAAGAGGAAGAGGAAGCCGUCGACGGCGAAGGAGAGGAAAGUUCCAGCGAAGAGGAGAGCUCUAGCGAAGAAGAAGCCCCCCGCCGUCUCAUGAUCCGACCGAAAUUCAUCCCCAAGAACCAACGCAAUGCAACCAAAGAACAAUUCGGUGGAGCAAAGGACGACGAUGCGCGGUAUGCUGAGGAGGAGGCCCGCCGCAAGGCCGCCGCGGACGCACUCGUCGAGGAGCAGAUAAAAAAGGACCUCGCAGCGCGCGCAGCGGGUAAGAAGCACUGGGACGACGACGAGGCGUCGGGCUCGGACGUCGACACGACGGAUGACCUUGACCCGGAGGCGGAGCUGGCGGCGUGGAAGCUGCGGGAGCUGAAGCGUGUAAAGCGCGACCGCGACCGCAUCGCCGAGCAGGAGGCCGAGUACGCCGAGCGCGAGCGGCGGCAGAACCUGACGCAGGAGGAGCGCGAUGCCGAGGACGCCGAGAAGCUCGCGCGGCAGCAGGAGGAGAAAGACGCCAAGGGCAAGAUGUCGUACCUGCAAAAGUACUAUCACAAGGGAGCGUUCUACAGCGACGAGGCCAAGGCGUACGGCCUGGAUAAGCGUGACAUCAUGGGCAUGCGGAUUGCGGAUGAUAUCAAAGACCGGAGUGCGCUUCCGGAAUACCUGCAGAAGCGCGACAUGACGAAGUUGGGUAGGAAAGGUGCGACAAAAUACAAGGACCUUAAGAGCGAAGAUACCGGUCGGUGGGGAGAGUUUGACGAUCGCCGUGGAGGGGGUGACCGAAGGGGCUUUAACAGGCAUGAUGUGGAUGAACGGUUCCGACCGGACAACGACCGCGAGGUCAACGGUGCGAAUGCCAUUCCCUUGGGGGAUCGCAAAGCAUUAGACGCUCCAAAGGGUGGCCGGUCAGACGGAUACAGAGACGAUGAUUCGAAGGACAGAGAUGGCAGGUACCGGUCUCGCGAUGACUACCGCCGUCGGGAUCGGUCAAGGUCGAGGUCCCCGCGCCAAGACUCGCGAGACGACUACAGGGACAGGCGAAAGCGCAGUCCGUCCCGCGGGAGAGACCGCCACGAUGCUGAUAAGAGACGGCGCGUGGGCCCGUGA